CCACCUCCACCUCCACCACUCCCAACACAAGCCAAUCCCACCGGAGAGACAACAGAGAAGCGAAUCAGCGGCGGCGAAGAUGUCCGGGAGGGGCAAGGGCGGCAAGGGGCUGGGGAAGGGCGGCGCCAAGCGCCACCGGAAGGUCCUCCGCGACAACAUCCAGGGGAUCACGAAGCCGGCGAUCCGGCGGCUGGCGCGGCGGGGCGGCGUGAAGCGCAUCUCGGGGCUCAUCUACGAGGAGACCCGCGGCGUGCUCAAGAUCUUCCUCGAGAACGUCAUCCGCGACGCCGUCACCUACACCGAGCACGCCCGCCGCAAGACCGUCACCGCCAUGGACGUCGUCUACGCGCUCAAGCGCCAGGGCCGAACCCUCUACGGCUUCGGCGGCUAGGCCACCGACGCCGGGAUCUUCAAGCAAGCAAAGAGAUUAGCAGUAUUUGUCUAGGGUACGUGGUCUCUUCGGUGUUGUUUGCUCUGCUCUGUUCCUGCUUGAUGUAUCGGGACCGAUGUACUAGUACCAAGACUGAAUGAAAUGGAAUUUGGAAAUUA